AUGCCUCGGCCUUCAAAUUGCCAACCGGCGAGGUGCAUCGGCCGUGUUAUCUCUAAGUUGUCUGAAGGUUACGACCAUGGCGAUCUUGCCAUCGCUUUGAUACUCGGUGUGGCUAUGGCUACGUUUGCCAUGCAUCCCACUAAACACUCAACCUCAUCAAGCCAACUGCUGUAUAUCGUGCCUUUUCAGGCUUGGGCCCCGAUUCAGAGACGAUGGAUUUCUUGUUGUGUCUCAUCACCACCGAAACUUGUAAAUGUCUGCUUUGAUCCGAAAAACCAACUAUUAGAAUUGGGGUCAACGCAACAGGUCAUGUUGAUCGUUAUAUUGGGCUCAGUGGCUCGUUGCUGGCCCUUGUUUAUCACAUAUGUGAAGUUAGUCACCUACUCCGACACAAAAUGGCAGCCAUUGACUCCAGCAAACUUUCCCAAUCGAUUCACACAGCCUGAGGUCACUAUCAUGCUGGCUCAGGCCAGGAUUCUCCGCCUCAGUGCGCUUCUUAUUAUACAUCGGUUACGACAUCCAUUUGUUCAAUGUGAUCGAGAAGCUAUUCAGAUGUCGAAAUCUAUCCUAGAGGAAUUUGGAGUGGUCAUUAAGAGCACUGGAAGAUCAAUACCUUGCACUGGGGUCGCCUGUCAGGCAGCCUGCUUUAAGCUUAUAGAUUUAGAAGAGCGAAGAGCAGUGCUUGCGAGGAGCCAGUCGGACAUAAUUCUCGAAACAUUCUGUGGCGUUGUUCAAGACCUAUUUGAUAUCCGUGUGGGCGGCGCAAGAUUGUGA